UACCGUUUAUAUGGUGAUUUAGAAACGAUAAUCAAACGCCCUUUGCAUGUUUAAAUAGUUUGUUUUGUAUACCGAAUAAUAGUAAAAUAGUUUCACGAUGUCUCGUCAUCGAAACGUCCGGACGAUGAGCUAUGAUGAUUAUGAUGAUGAUGAAGAUUAUCACUAUGGCCACUCAGUUGAAGAUGACUGCAUCUCUCCGACGGAUGCUCAACAGUGGAUGUACGAUCGGGCCAAAGGUCAGCAAAGUAUGUCCGCGUUCUUAGCGAAUCAUAGAGACAUCGAGGAGGAAGAUGACAGUGUACAAGCAGAACCAGGACAAUCACCGCGAGAAAAACAGACACUUUACCGACGGGAUUCAGAGUGCUACCAAAUACCGGAACUGGCUGAUGAAGACCGUGCCAGGUUAAUAUCCUGUAUGGAAGAGAUAAGAAACAUCAUCGGAGAAGCCGUCCCGGACCGACAGCUGGUGGAGUCUAUAAUGAAACAUAACUACGAUUUUAACAAGGCUUUAGAUGAUAUUCUAAACAGCAGCGUAACACCUCCUACCUUAACUCCUGUUUCGAUAGUAAGAAAGGAUAACGAGGAUCCAGUCGAAAAAGGCAUUGGCCACCGAUUGUUCGAGAAAUCCGACAGGUUACACGCACAAAAUAAUUCAAUGGCAACGACAGCUCCCUCAGUGGAUCAGGGCAAGCCAGCAAUUCUGGUGACACCGACUGCGAAAACGGUAAGUGUUACCAUGGGGUUCGAAAUCAACAGCCCACGGAAUCAGUCACCGUCGGUGUCUGGCCGCAACACACCAGAAAUCGGCGAAGAUGGCAAGCAAGUGCAAUCUCAGCGAUCACUGGUCCGAGAAGCUCAACGGAAUGCUCAGGAAUUAUUCAAUAAAGAGCGAGGAACGGAAAAACAACACAUUCAUAUGGUAGUUAUAGGACAUGUGGAUGCCGGAAAGAGUACACUGAUGGGACACUUACUCUGUGACACCGGCUAUAUACCGCAACGGGUUAUGCACAAGAAUGAACAGGAAAGCAAAAAGAUGGGCAAGCAAAGUUUUAUGUACGCGUGGGUUCUGGAUGAAACCGGCGAGGAACGUGAGCGUGGAAUCACGAUGGAUGUUGGAAGUACGAGGUUCGAGACCACUAAUAAACAGAUUACCCUUCUCGAUGCCCCCGGCCACAAGGAUUUCAUACCCAACAUGAUAUCGGGCGCAAAUCAGGCAGACGUUGCCCUGCUAGUGGUCGACGCUACGAGGGGUGAGUUCGAAACGGGCUUCGAGCAGGGAGGCCAAACCAGAGAGCAUGCCCUGCUGGUGCGCUCGCUAGGAGUAAACCAGCUUGGCGUGGUUGUGAACAAACUGGACACCGUUAGCUGGUCCAAAGAUCGUUUCGAUGAGAUUGUUAGCAAGCUGAAAAUUUUCCUCAAACAGGCCGGUUUCAAGGAUUCCGAUGUUGUGUACGUACCCUGUUCCGGUUUAACCGGUCAAAAUCUGGCGAAAGACCCAACUGAUUCGGAGCUACUAAAAUGGUACACGGGUCCAACGUUGUUGAAAGUCAUCGACUCUUUCAAGACACCGGAGCGUUUGAUCGAUAAACCAUUCCGCAUGUCGGUAGCGGAUAUCUUUAAAGGCACUGGUUCAGGCUUCUGCAUUUCCGGUCGAAUCAUCUCCGGCAUGAUUUGCGUCAACGAUAAAGUUUCGAUAAGUCCCAGUAAGGAGCAAGCGGUGAUUAAAAGUAUCUCUAUAGACGAGGUACAACACACAACCUGUUUCGCUGGCGAUCAGGUCUCUGUCACGCUUGCGAACGUCGAAAUGGCUAAUAUCGCUAUUGGUUUCCUACUUGGAGAUAUCUACAAUCCUAUUCCGUUGGCGACUCGGAUUCGCGCCCGGAUAGUAGUGUUCAAUAUUAAAGUUCCAAUAACGAUGGGUUAUCCGGUACUUUUACAUCACCAAUCACUCAUAGAACCAGCCACAAUUUGCAAGCUUAGGGCGCAGCUACAUAAAGGAACCGGCGAAGUAGUCAAGAAAAACCCCCGCUGUUUAGGAAAUAAUUCCUGUGCCCUAGUUGAUCUUGAAUUUCAGCGACCAAUUGGCAUGGAACGAUAUGCGGAUUUUAAAGAACUAGGACGAAUCAUGCUUCGAGUUAGUGGCGUGACGAUUGCAGCUGGUCUCGUCACUGAUUUAGUAAAAUAAGUAUGUAUCCUAUUUUGCAAUAAAAAUGACAAU